CAGCAACCAUAAGCUAUGCGUGGGCUUUGCUCUCGGGAGAGAGGUUUCCUCCAGCGAAAGGACCCGCAGCUAAUUCAGGUCGGGCGCGGCUGUCGGCUCCCCCAAUCCGGGAGAUGGGCAACUCCGCGACGUCACGGGAGGCGCGGGGCGAGACGCCGGGGAAGUGACGUAUGCAGGGGCGGCGUGGCCGGGGACGACUGGGCGGACGCAGGCGAACAUGUCGGCUCUAACUCGGCUGGCGUCUUUAGCCGCCGUUGGUGGCCGCCUUUUCAGAAGUGGCCGCGCACGGGCUGCUGGAGACGGUGGCGUCCGUCAGGUCACUUUCCGUAUCCUGAUCCUUCCCAGUGGACAGAUGAAGAAUUGGGUAUCCCUCCUGAUGAUGAAGACUGAAGGUGUAGACUCAGACUCACUCUUUACAAGAUCCAGGUGAGGAUUUCAAGGAUUAUCGACUUCAUAUUGUACAUUAAAGUUACAAAUUAAAGUGGCUUGGUCAAGAAUGAGAA